AGCACCUGCACCAGCCUGGCAAUGGUGACCAGGGUUGGCCAUGAGUCCAGGCCACCACAGCAGCCUGAAGAGACUAGGACAGAGUCAAAACUGAGCUGGGAAGUCAAGGGCCAGGACCAGCACCAUGGCUGGGCACUGGCACAGCUCAGGCAGGGCCCAGGGGUGACCAAGGAACCAGGUCAGGGCAAUGAGGGGACACCGGUAAUGGCUAGAGCCACUUUGCCGUCACCCACCGUGCAGCCUCCUCAAGUACAGCAAAACUGAUCACAGGCAGGGUGACGACAGGCAGCAGCGAUGCUUUUAUGGCCGUGUUGAUUUCAUACUGGCACACAGACAGGCUGUUUAUGCAAAUCUGCGCACAGCACAGCCACAACAAAGCCCACUUUCCAGCUUUUCGGCUUGAGCGGGGUAAUCCCUGGUCUCACCAGGCCCCUGAGGACGAGGGGAGCAUACUUGGUAAAGCUGGCACCCUGCCCCACCCAGAUGGGUCCCAGGGUGUCCCACGCACACCCUAUGGCUUGCUGCUGCCCCCCCGCUCCCUUGCUAUUUGCCUUUGUUUUCACUGCAGAAGCUUGGAGGUAUUUUUUUUUUUUUUUAAAAAAAAGGGGGGGGUGAGGGUGGGAUACGAAGAGGAAAACUAAUGUGAUUAAGGCUGGAUUUGGGCACUGCCGGCGCGUUCCCGUAGGCAGCGGGUGUCAGCAGUAACAGCUGCUGCACUUCCCAUUAGAGGAGAAAGCGAAGAACUUCCCUGACGGGAUGUGUCGCCGGCAGGCUGAGGGACGCGGCAGCAGCGAGCAGGGAGGUGUGUGUGUCCUGAGGCUGUGGGAACGGCUGCUCAGCUAAUUCAAAGGCGACGGACACGCGUACAGACUGCAGAUGCCAGAAGGCACCACUCUGAAGUGAACCUGCCUGCUGCCUUCCCGAUGCAGCAUGGAGGACCGGAGGAAAGUCCACCUGGUGAUCGCUGGCUGGGUGUGCACAACCCUCUGCCUGGUUUCCUACACGGCUGCCUUCUCGCAUGGCGCCAGUCUUUCCGCCUGUGCUGACAUGAUGCCCAAGCACCUGAGAGCUCAGCUGCACAGCCCCAGGAACAACUAUGUUACCAUCCACACCAACAUGUCCUUCUACUUCCCAGGAGACAAGGUUCCAGUGACAGUGAGGAGCAGCCGGGAUUUCAUGGGCUUUUUGCUUCAAGCUCGCAAAGUGUCUAACGAUGAAGUUGCUGGCACAUUUGUCUUCAUUCCUCCUGGUUCCAAGCUGCUGACGUGUUUUGAAGAUGGCGAUACUGUCACCCACUCGGACAAGUCCCUGAAAAGAAACCUGUCCUUUGUGUGGAAGGCACCAGACCAACCCAUUGGAGACAUCAAAUUUUUCAUCUCUGUAGUCCAGUCAUACUUUGUUUACUGGGCGAGGAUUGAAUCUGCUGUUGUUGCUCAACAAGGGCUGAACACCACGUCGGCUGGCACCAAGAAGGCCGGCCCCCUGACAUCUGCAUCCUUGCAGGAACCCGCUGACCCACGUGUAGCUGGCACAGCAAGCGAAGCUGCCAGCGAGAUCAGUGAUGGCCAUGAAGAACUUCCUGAAGGGAGGGUACAAGUCAGCAUCCAAGGCUCCAGCUCUCCUGCUGCUGCCCCCAGCUCUCCCCAGCACACCAGCCCAGCUCCUGCCAGCCUCACCCCAACACCAGCACCGGGGCCAGGUUUUGGUGCACGCCCAGGUACAUCGCCCACUGCCGAGCCAACGCAGUCCCAGACUUUGCUGGAUGCAUCCAGCAGGAGCGGAGGGAGCAGCAACUCCAGCGGUCUGGGGCUGGAGCCAUCGCUCACCUUCCAAGAGCCGGGCAUGGCCGGCGCUCUGCAAAGCUUCCUCUUCCAGGACUACGCCUCCAGCCAGAGCCCCGCUCACGGAGCACAAAGCACUGCCAGCACUACCAAACCAUACCCGUGUUUGAUGUGUGAAGAAGAAGGGGAGGCAAGCACUGAGAACGGGGACACCUUGAAAACCUCCCUGCAGGCAACAGCUUCUUGGUCCGCCCUACAGAUGCGCCAUCACCUGGGUGAAGCUGCUGUGACCACAGCCUGGUUUGGCGACGUGGACACUACCAGCAAUUUGUCGUUGGCUUCAAGGCAGAUGGCAGAAAGCAAGCCGUCACUGCCGCUGGAGGAGGCAGGCUCCACGGGCAAGGAGGAGAAGGAGGAAGUCAGAGAGCAGGCAGGUGGGAAUACACUGCCGGGGGUGACCAGACCAGCUCCUGAAUCUGCUGCUCCUGGGAAGGGAGAAGGCUCUCGCAGAGGGACACGUCUCAUAGCAGCAAAGCUUGGCAUCCUCCUCGUCUGCACAGCCGUCCUGGGCCUGGCUCUGGCAGCUGGCUUGCGCUGCCUCUACGCCCAGUACUGCCACAAGCGGACGGAGGUGUCCUUCAGUGAGCCAGACAGCGACGUCGUCACCGUCAGAGAGAACGGGGAGAUGAUGCACUUCCGCAAGAUCCGGGAGAACAGCUUCGUGCUGGUCCAGGCUGAGUACAACUGGGUCAGCCCCUCCAGCAGCGGGAAAAGGAGAAUAAUCUAAAUGUUUGCAGCGCUUAAGGCAGAGCCACGUAGGUGAGCCAGCUGCCCGUAGAGGUGAAAAUGGCCCAGAUGUGCAGAACACAGGCUCUAGAAAGCAGUAGUGUCGUUUGUGUAUAUGCACACGUAGAGGUAAACAAAAGUGA